AUGCUUGCGAGGCAAGAGCGCAUCGAGCACUAUGCAUCGCUCAUCCGAUCUUGCCAAGAUACACGCCAGGGGAGACAACUCCACGAGCGCGUCCUGGGCAGCGAGUUUCGGAGGAACAGAUACUUGGGCAAUUUGUUGGUAGAGAUGUAUGGCAAAUGCGGGGAUGUAGAGAGCGCAAGGCAGGCGUUCCGAGAGGUCUAUGAGCCCAACACAAUCUCGUGGAAUAUAAUGAUCGCGGCGCUCUCCGAUAACGGCUACGUUGAGGACGCUCGUGCCGUGUUUGAUCAAACGCCUUACAAAGAUGGUGUCUCCUGGAACACCAUUCUUGCAGCAUAUGCCCAAGCGGGGCAUAUUGUAGAGGCGCGUAAAAUCUUUGAGGAAAUGCCAGCGAAAGACGAGGCAUCCUUUACCGCUUUGAUUUCGGCUCUUGGGAGGAUUGGAGAGGUGAGGGCUGCCAAGACCAUCUUUGAUGGCAUGCCGGUGUGGAACACCAUGUCGUGGAACACCAUGCUCCAGGUAUUUUCGACGAAUUCUUAUGUAGAAGAAGCGGAGAAGAUGUUUGAAACGCUGCUGGAGAAGAAUGUUGUGUCGUGGACUGCUAUGAUCGCCGCGUGUGGUGAGCAAGGAAACCCGGAGAAAGCCAGGGGAUACUUUGACACGAUGCCUCUCUUUGAUCUUGUAGCUUGGUGUAGCAUUGUCACCGCAUAUGCCCAAAAUGCGCAUGCUGGAGAGGCCAAGUUUUUGUUCGACAUGAUGCCUGAGCACAACCUGGUCGUCUUUAAUGUCAUGGUUCUGGCUUACGCACAAAACGGAAACUUUGAUGAAGCACGCAGCAUGUUUGAGCAAAUGCCGUUCCGGGACUCAGUCUCUUGGACUGCCAUGGGAACGGCAUAUGCGCAAAAUGGGCAUCUCCAAGAAGCAUGGAAAGUGUUUGAGGUCAUGCCGGAGAAGAACUUGGUAUCUUGGAACGCUAUGAUACAAGCCGUCUCGCAAAUCGGAAGGCUGGAUGCGAUGGCCGAGCUGGGAUACUCUCGGCUGCUCAACGAUCGUAAUAGAAACCAAUGGAGGACUCUGAGAGACAAGAGCGUAGCGGAGGCUCUUGGCCACCUCUAUCUCAUGCUUCUCGAUGGCUGGGAGCCAAACGAGGUGACAUACUUGAGCUUGGUUUCCGCUUGCGGUCACGCAGGGAUGCUGAAAGACGCAUUGUCCCACUUCAAGGCAAUGACUUUCGACCACCGCCUGCGUCCUCAAGCCGGCCACUUCAGGUCCAUUCUGGAUCUCCUGAGCCGCGCAGGGAGACUGGCCGAGGCCAAGGAUCUCAUCCAAAACAUGCCGUUUGUCCCGGAGACUCCUGCGUGGGCGACGCUACUUUCGGCUUGUGGAACACAAGGUGACUCGAGACAGGAAAGUUCUAGCGUUGCACAGAGUGUGCUCGAGAUGAGGUCCGGGAGCUGUGGAUCCUACGUUCUCAUCUCCAAUCUAUACUCCGCAAAGAAGUACGCAAGACAGUGA